CACUACACAGAGACCUCCAAUGUUGUUGAAGUGAGUGGUGAGACAGGGCUUAAUAUUCUCAGAACGAUUCUCAAUAAACAAUCAAACCCUGAUGACACUGUCACUACAGUUGCAAUGCCGAAAGUCAGCUUUUCUCAAGACUGGCACCAAAAGUACCUUCACGAAAUAGAUCAGUUUGUGGAGAACCACUUUCCCAUACUGCCAUCACCAGGAUCUCAGGUACAGCAGAUUCAGGAUUUUCUAAAGAGCACACAGACCAUGAUAUGCAAUGAAGUGUGUCGAUUAACACCUGUACUGAAAGAUGCUGGGCUGCAAGUUCAUCUGAUGGACAGUUACAGCCGUCACCUCUUUACCAAUCUGGAGCUGCUCCUCAACAGAGACCUGUCUGUAAAUGAGCUCUUCUGCCUUAUUAUGUGGGAAAAACAUGUUUUCUUCAGUCCAGACUCAAAAUUGAAAUGGCUCAACUCUCCGAUGUUGACAGGAGGAUUUGAGAGAGCAAAGCAGAAACUGGUUCAAUUACUUCAGAAUGAGAUCUCCAUGACUCUGCAGAACAUCUUGCACUAUGAUGAGGAAGAUGGACAUAAUGAGGACUUAAUGGAUGAAGAAACUUUCAUCAGAGUGCACAUAGAUGUCACUCAGUGCUUGAAUUAUGCUAUUUUAGAUGCUAAAAAGGUUGAUCUCAUGCUUGAGGUACAAGUAUUGUGUAGUGGAGAACUGCAUGGUUUUGUUCAGAAGUAUGUGGAUGCUGAGAACGAACAUCUAAAAAUAAUAACAUUUACAGAGAAAAACUCUGUGUAUCUGUUUCGGAUAAUCAACACCUGUAUGCAACUCAGAUGUUGUGCUACACAAAUCAGUCCAAAUACAAACAAAAAUGACAUCAACUCAAGCACCAUAUGCAUGCUGCAGGAACUGGAAGAUAAUGCCACAUCCAAUGUACGACAGAUCAUGACACGCUUAGCACAGGCUAAUUUAGAAAGACAUUUUGAGAAAAGGAACGGGCAUAUUGAUAUCCUGAUGAAGGAAAUCCAAAGGCAGUGUGCGUGUCUGCCCGAGACGGCCUCAGAGAUCAAAGUGGUUGUUGUGAAAAUAGCUUACGACAGUGUUUCCAAAAUGUACCUGGAAUGCCUGAUGAAGACGAAGUUCAAAAAGCUAGAGAAGUGUUGGGGAAAUGCCGAGAAAAAGAUAAAAGAGGAUGUUCAAUAUUUUUACAAAACAUUCUCUGAACUGAAUAGCAUUGCUGCCCAACAGAAUCAGCUCCUUCUGAAAAUGAUUGAAGUUUUACAUUGCAGUGAUGUAGACGCACUGAAGAUUACAUGUUGUGAAUUGUUCAGAGACUUUCCUCAAGAGAGUGAGCAGUAUGUACCUGGUCUGCUGCGAUGGAAGGGGGUGUUAUCAGAGCGACAGGUGAGGGAUGUGCUGGAGGUGAGCCGGGAAUUUGGCCUGCAUCCAAGUCCGGAUGUGCUGGAGGUGAGCCGGGAAUUUGGCCUGCAUCCUACACGUGUCACCCCUCAUCCUCUGAAGAGACUUUUUUGUUGUUGUUGUUAACCUGAAGUCAGUUAGUAAACGUAAGCUAUGGAGAAUUUUCUCAGAACACUGAGAUUCAAUAAACUGUUCCAUUUUUUUUAAUGGAACAGUUUAUUGAAACGUUAUGCUCCAAUAAUAUAUAUGAAUAAAAUUAUAUUUAAAUGCUUAGUUUUAUGAUCAAAGCUCUGUAGUUUUUAUUGUGGGGGGGAAAACAUAAUGCGAUGCAGUAAAAAUAAAAGAGAU